AUAACAUGCCUACGCGCGAUACUGAAUCAUUAAUGUAAAACUAAUUCUCUGUGAUUAAAAUUCAUCUAAAAUAAUAAUAUUUCAAAGGUGAUGCAUCUGACUGAAGAUUUUGACUAAGUGAACACGACCAAAUAUGUAUUAUUUCUUGUUAGAAAUUGGGUAAAAUAUGUCACUUUCUUAACCUUGUUUAGCAGAUUGUUUAGAAGCUAUCGUUAAGAUAUUUAUUUACAUCUAAAUAGAUCUACAUAUCGAUAAUUUUAACUGUCAUAACUGUAUCAUCGCAAAACUUAGUGAUUGUCUCAGUACAGUAUAAUGGAGCUUAACUAUAAACAACUGCUGAUGAUUUUAGUUGCUAUAGCAUCUGAAUCAAAGUCUGAAGUCACUUAUUUUGGAAACAUGAUCUUGACAGAUGGACCAGAAAAUAAUUCAGAGCUAUAUACGUUUGAAAUGGCCUUAAAGGAAAAUGUUGAACACUGCAUUGUGUCAUGUAAGACUAAGAAACAAUGUAAGUUUAUAAAUUAUGAUCAUCGGGCCAAACUUUGCUAUCAUAUUACCUGUGAUAGCACUAAGUUUCUGACUGAAUACGAUAGCAACAUUAAAGACUAUUUAAUUCGGAAACCUGGAUUCAGUUAUGGCGAUAAGAGAGACUGGGACAUGACUGGUUAUGAGAACUGUUCAAACUGCCAUGAUUAUGGUGUCUGCCAAGUUAACAGCGAAGACAAAGAUUUCAAGUGCCUCAACUCGGGGUGCAAACGACCUGAUAUGAAAAAGAACGCCAUUUUGCGCGGGAACAUGUACUCAAUAGGUAAUAAGAUUGAGUAUGAAUGUAAGGAAGGCUUCAAUAAGGCAACCCCAAAACCAAUGACGUCAGUGUGCCUUGAUAAUGGGUCGUGGAGUACUGUUGGAGUAGAAUGCUUACCCGAAGCCGCCUUUGAUGACGAUGCAUAUACAUUUGACAACAAAGUCUACAAAAUCAUCCUGGAGAGAUCAUAUAGCUGGGACGAGGCAGAUGUAGGUUUUUUUAAUUCUUAG